UGAGGGACAGGUUGGACUGGCAGCAGGCUUGAACUCCACAUCUGUCCUCCCUCCGGACGGUCGCGAUGGAUUUCGUGCUGAGCGGAGCGGCGGCCUGCGGAGCGUGUCUGUUCACCAACCCGCUUGAGGUCGUCAAAACGCGAAUGCAGCUGCAGGGAGAGCUCCAGAGCCGGGGCACCUACCAGGUUUACUAUCGCAACGUGUUCCACGCUUUCUACACCAUCGGUAAGGUGGACGGACUGGCCGGCUUACAGAAAGGACUGGCGCCCGGGCUGGUUUAUCAGUUUUUUAUGAAUGGAGUCAGACUCGGCUCGUACGCCAUCAUUGAGUCCGCCGGUUACAUACACACCAAUGGAAGAGUCAGCGCGCUCAAAACCACGUUCGCAGGUGCCGUGGCUGGGGUGGUGGGGGCCGUGAUGGGCAGCCCCAUAUACUUGGUGAAGACUCAUCUGCAGAGUCAGUCUACCUCCUCUAUUGCGGUUGGACAUCAGUAUAAACACCAGGGGAUGGUCCACGCUCUGGCAGCCAUCUACAGGGAGCAUGGCAUUCUGGGACUGUGGAGGGGCUCCAGUGCUGCUGUACCGAGGGUCAGCGUGGGGUCAGCCGCUCAGCUCUCCACCUUCUCCGCCUCCAAGGAGCUUGUGAUUGACCUGCAGGUUUUCUCAAAGGACAGCUGGUUGGUGGCCCUGAGCGCCGGCAUGAUCAGCAGCGUGGUGGUGGUUUUGGCUAUGACACCUUUUGACGUGGUGAGCACACGGCUCUACAACCAGCCCGUGGACCAUCUGGGCAAGGGGCGGCUUUAUAAAGGAUUCGCUGACUGCUUUUCCAAGACGCUGAGGAAGGAGAGCUUGACGGGACUCUACAAAGGCUUGGGAGCCUCUUAUUUCCGGCUCGGUCCACACACCAUUCUGUCUUUGUUCUUCUGGGAUGAACUGCGCAAACUGUACCACCAGUUCAGAUAGCACCAGGGACAAGGAGACUUGGAAAUGGGUAACUCAUUAAGCUCUGAGUGCAUAGGCUAAAUGAGUCUUCCUUUCUUGAAUUUACUAUUAUGAGGUGAAAGUAAAA